AUCUUUCAAAUCAAUAAAAGUUAGCAGUGUCUAUGGCUACUAAAAUACCGAAAAUUGACUGGAAGAUGGAGAAUGCUGUUAUCCGGAAACUCUUGGUCAUUUUACGGGCCACAAAGGCGUUUCUGGACGCGCUAAGUGAGGCGGGCGCGAGCUGCGUCUCCAGAGCCACGGCGAUCAAGUUCCUUUUGGCGCGCAAGUUUGACGUGGCUCGCGCUCACGCCCUCUGGCGGCAGCACGAGGCAACUCGACGUCGAGAAGGACUCACCAAGUUCGAGCCCUUCGAAGAUCCUCUAAAGUCAGAACUUGCCACUGGAAAAUUUACUAUAUUGCCUACCCGAGAUGCGACCGGCGCGGCGAUUGCUGUGUUCACAGCCAACAAACACUUCCCCACACAGACCACACAUCAGACGACGUUGCAGGGCGUAGUGUACCAGUUGGACGUGGCGCUGCAAUCUCUGGAGACUCAGCGCGCGGGCCUCGUCUUUAUCUACGACAUGACAGACUCCAAGUACACCAACUUUGACUACGAACUCUCACAGAAGAUACUCACCAUGCUUAAGGGUGGUUAUCCGGCCAAGUUGAAGAAAGUGUUAAUAGUGACAGCGCCGUUGUGGUUCAAGGCGCCCUUUCGCAUAUUGCGGCUAUUCGUGCGGGAGAAGCUGCGCGAACGCGUACAUACGGUGAGCGCGCCGCAGUUGGGCGCGCACGUACCCCGCGCCAGCCUACCUACGCAGCUCGGUGGACAGCUCGCCCCUGAUCACGCUGCUUGGCUGGAGCACUGUAGAAAUUGUUAUACAAAUAAUCUUCAGAACAACAAACUGGAUGGUGUGAUAGACGAAUAUGUGAUUAGUAAUUAUAUACCGCCGGUCAAAACGCAAAAUGGUGUAAUAGAGCACGAGGUGGCACGCGACAUGACUAGCGACCGAGUGGCGCGUCUCGAGCAGCCUGACGCGAUGCACAUCAGCGACCCUCCCUACACGUGCGACACCGGACCGCUCAGACAUACGCACGGUUACAAUGGCGACAUGAAGGGCGGUCACAUACACUCUGGAGAUGAGGACGAAGUUGACUUGAUCACUCGCGGCACGUGGUCGUCGGGCGAGGCGUCGCCGGGUCUGUCGGACGAGGAGUGCGCGGGCGGGGGCGCGGGCGAGAGCGCGGGCGCGCUGCUGGCCCGCCUGCGCUCGCUCGGCCGCCGCGGACUUGUCGCCGAGUACGAGGAAAUACGCGCGCGUCCGCCGCAGGGCACCUUCCAUCACGCCAAAUUGCCAAGUAAUCUAUCAAAGAACCGGUACACGGACGUGCUGUGCUACGAUCACUCGCGCGUGCUGCUGUCCCAGAUAGACCCCGAGGAUCCCACCACUGACUACAUCAACGCCAACUACGUGGACGGUUACAAGCAGAAGAAUGCAUUCAUAUGUACACAAGGUCCACUGCCGAAGACGUACAGCGACUUCUGGCGCAUGGUGUGGGAGCAGGGUUGCCUGGCGGUGGUGAUGACGACGCGCGCGGUGGAGCGCGGCCGCGUCAAGUGCGGACAGUACUGGCCGGCGGCGGCGGGCGCGCGCGCUGUGCACCCGCCCUUCGCACUGCUCACUGAGGCCGUCGAUGUUGAAGAUGACUACAUCAUAUCGCAUCUCGUCCUCACCGAUUUAAGGAGUGAGAUGUCGCGGCGCGUGUGGCACGGUCAGUACGUGCGCUGGCCGGACUACGGCGUGCCGGGCGGCGGGCGCGCUCAGCCAGUGCUGCGCUUCCUGCAGCUCGUGCGCCGCGCACAACGCACCGCGCUCGCUGAUUUAGGAGACGCGUGGGCCGGUCAUAGUCGAGGACCUCCCAUAGUUGUGCAUUGCUCCGCCGGAAUUGGGAGGACUGGUACGUUCAUAACACUGGACGUGUGCACGUCGCGCCUGUCGGCGGAGGGCGUGGCCGACGUGCGCGGCACGGUGGAGCGCGUGCGAGCUCAGCGCGCUCACUCCAUACAGAUGCCCGACCAGUACGUCUUCUGCCAUCUCGCCCUCCUCGAGUAUGCGGUAAUGCACGGGUAUUUAGAGUCGGCGGACUUGAACGGCUUCGAUGAUGAUAACGAAGAUGAAUCUGAAUGAAGAUUGGCUCGCCCCGCCUGCACCGUGCUCUAGUGCGGCUCAACGCCGGUGCACACCGGCUCUCAGCGGUCCAUACCGGCCAUUAUCGCUCCAUACUGGCCUACAAAUCGGCCCCCAACCGGUACGAACCGGUUGAAACCGAUCGACACUGGGCCGCACCGGCCCGCACCGGCCCGCACGUGCGACGGACGCAGCCGACCCGACGCCGGCUCCACUCUCUAGCCUCUACUUGUCCAGAACCGAUUUAAUCCGGCUUCUUCUAGUAUUAAGUCACUACAUAUACAUAUAGAUGUAAAACGUUCCUGUAGUCUACAUAAGAACUGAAAUUUGCAUUGAUUUUGUUACUUUUAUUUAUUUCGCAUGACAUAAAAUGUAGCCAAAAAAACAUGUAUCCUUAUUUAUUUUCAUUUAUUUAUGUAAUAAAGUAUGACUGUAUGGUUAUCAUUACGUUUUAUCUAAACGCAUAAAUAUACACAAAUUAUCGAGGUGCUGGUAGAAUAAAAUUCAUUUGUACUACUCGUUUUGGAUUUGUGGAAUGUCAUUUUUAUAUCACUUAUUUUCAAUUUAACACUAAAUCUUUAGAUAAUGUUAUAAUUAUGAAUAUUUAUACGGAUAGACUGAAUAUUGUUAACUGUUUGGUCGAAAAUUACUAGCGGCAUGGAUUACUUUUUACAAACUUUGACAUAGGUUAUGUAUAAUACAGAGAACGGCAAACACACUAAGAAAUAAAUAACGCAUGUAUAAAAUAAUUAAUACUAAAAAUUAAAGCAAUAGCGAAAAUGUACAAAUCAUAUUGACAUGUAAUACGCAGUAUGCAAAUCGGCUUUUAGAAAGAGACAAAAAUAUCGGCUAUGUAGAGCGUUAUCUCUCUCGUACAACCAGUAAUCGACUUACUAUGUAUGACAGGGAUAACGCUAUACAAAUCCGAAAAUGACGUUAUCUCUCACACAGGUAGUAUAAAUGAUUUGAUAAUGUGUGCGACAGAGAUAGCGCUAUACAAAUCCGAAUGUAACGUUAUCUCUUUCAUACGUUGGUAGAAGAAAUGACUUAAUGCUUUGUGCAACAGAGAUAGCACUAUACACAUCUGCAAGUAAUGUUAUCUCUCUUUCACAUAGGUAAUGUGAUUUACUGCUUUGUGCGAUAGAGACGGCGCACUAUGAAGUUGAAAUUGUCGGUUUGUCUCUUUCUAAUGGUCGAUUUGCUUAACUUAAAUGUGAUUGUACGCUGCAGUUGAUAUAUAUUUAAAUAAAUCAAUAGGGAAUGUGUAUAAAGUAUUAAAUAGUAAAGUGUUAGACUCGAGUUAAUAUAGAUUUUGUAUUGUUAUUUGGUAUGAACAUAUUUCUCUUUAGUCUUUUUUUAAUUCGUAUGAAUUUUCUUUACUUGCAUUAUUUUCAAUGAAAUGAGACAUGUGUUUAUAAAGUUUACAUUGAUUUGAUAAAACUAUCAAUUUUUGUAUAUCAAAAUGGUUGCCGUAAUUCACAAGUUUAUUUCACAUGAAAUAAUAUGAUUUCAUAUAAUUUUAACAAUAUGACGUUGGCAAUCGUAUAUACGUGGCCAUAAAAUAAAAAAGAAAUAUAGAGUUAUAUAGAUAUUUUUAAAAAUAUAAUAGUAUAGUCGCCGACAAAGUAUACUUUGAACCGCCGUCCUAACAUGCAACUGACAUAUCGCAAACGCAUCAGCUUAGCCUUGCACUACCCCCCCCUACUGUACCCCCCAGUAUUCUUAUAAACUUAAUGCAUGCUGGCGUAUAGCAUGAUUGCAUGCUGCACGAAGUAUGCUACUUACAUCCCAUGUAUUCUUUAGCAUACAAAACUGCUAGAAUACUGAGCAUUGUUCAAUUUUAUGUAUUCUUACGUAAAAUGCGUCAUAUGUGAGGUUAGAAUGAAUGAAUGUUAGGAUUGAGAAUGGUUUAAAAUAAAGGCCAGUGCGUUUUGAACGAAUGAAUAAAAUUAACAUUCAAUUGUGAAUGAUUUUGGAACGAGAAAUGUCAACUUGUCUGUAAUAAAUUGCAGUUUUCAUUUAACCAAAAUGGCUGACGUGAAAUACCAACAGGUAAAGUUGUUGUAUUUUAGAAAAUAUACUUUAAAAUAUUUUUUGCUCUGGUAUAGAAUUAAUGAAACAUUUGGAUCGCUAGAUGUCGCUGUCAUCGAUUAUAUAUUAAUAUUGCAACAGGGUUAUUUGUGUACAUAGUCUUUUUAUAUAUCUCUCUGAAUAGUACGGCCCUUUCAUAAAUUCUUCGUAAAAAUAGCUUUUUUUAGGAAUUCCCAUUUAACAUACUUAAACCAAUCUCCAUUUAAAAGCUUCGAUAUUUGAAAUUUUGCUUUAUUUGGCAGAUGUCUCAUAAAAUCUAUUUAUAUUGUAAUAAAUUUAUGAAAAUUAAUAAACAUAAGUAAAAUAUAUUUGUUACUUAUAGUCGAAUAGGUCACGCAUUUACGAAGAAACCUUCCGAAAUAUAUAAAAAAAAACAAUUUUGUCGUAUUUUUUUUAGGUUAAGUAAAUUGUUAAUCUGACGAUACUGUUGAUUCUUAUAAAUGUAAAUAUAUUAUUGAAUAUUUUUUCUGUUUAAAAUCUAAAUUAUAACUCCUCCUGUGAAAUAUGUGUGAAAUAAAAAGAAAUACUUG